AACGUGCGGAUUGUGAUAAGUUGCGAUGCUCAGUCUGCGACGGCUCGGCUUCUUUCCAGCAAACCGGACUGUUUGGCGUUCACUGUGAGUCGUUUGUCUCUAGCAGAACGUUCCGCCGCAGUUCGCGCUAUCUUGGGACGCUACGGCAAAGUCCUAGACGAAUCUGGUUUCCGUAAUCAGUUAUCACUUCUCGUCAACAAACGGGGCGCUGAUAUUCCGUUCUACUUAAAACUGGCUUGUGAAGAACUACGUCUCUACGGCACGUACGAAGAGUUGGAUACGCAACUCAAACAAUUGCCGGACACCGUUCCUUCUCUGGUUCGUCAUAUUGUCGCCAGAGCGGAGGCCCAGUCUGGUUCAGAACUGGUCCUCAUAACCCUGGCUCUAUUGGCCUGCUCACGUAAACCUCUCACCAGUGUCGAGUUACACUCGUUAUUGGAUUCUUGGUUAGCAGAUCGUCAAGGUAAUCAAAAGGGCCAUGGUCAUGGUCCCAGCUGGAAAGAUUUGCUUACGUCAUUCUCUUCUGAGUCCGAGGACCUUGAUUCAUUGAACUCAUUGCAACAGAAAAUCAAUCACCUUAUACUGGAGGACUCCGCUUCUUAUCUCAAAGAUUCUUCAAAACUGAUUCGCGUACCCUCAUUAGCAUUUCAUAUUCUUCUUUCUGGAAUUCGACCUCUCCUUGCCGGACUUGGAGAUCAAGAGGAAAAUUUGGGCUCGGAGGAUCUGGUUUCGCCUAAUCGUGAACUGGGUUUGAUUCGACUGCGAAAUCCCGAAGUACUUGAUUUGAUUCAGGAUAUCUGUUUCAAUCUAAAUAAAAAGUCCCUGUCCUCUUUUAGCCAACUUGGCUACCACAAACCAACAAUUACAACUCUUUCCACCUCGUUGGGUGCGGCUAAACGAUUGCGACCGACUUCGGAAGUCGAAGAACCGAAUGAGGCAGCUCGUAAAUUCUGUGGUACCGUGGAUCGCCGAUAUAUUCACUGGCUUUUAGCCACUCGGCUGCCUGGAUUGGAGCACAAGAUCUAUCAUUUCGUGAGUCGUAUUUCCCCUUUUUUAUGCUCAGUUUAUGUUGUUGAUCAAUAA